UGGUCGGUUAGGAAGGUGUUAGAGUGUGUGUGGGAUCGUGCAAAUACGUGAUAGCUGCGGUGGGAGCUCUGAUGGUUGUGGAGAAUAGGGACCGUGAAUUCAGGUCUAGAGGGACGGGGUGGGAGUUAGUGACUUCAGAUCCCUCGCCCCCCUGGAGUCCCUGGACACUUGACUGCCCGGGGGGAGGGGCUCGGAAGCCCUCGGCGACCUGAGGGAGCUCCCUCUCAGGUCGGGACUGAAGGAGCCCCUGCUCCCAGGGAGAUAGCGGAACGGGACCCUUGAGAGCUGAUGGAGGAUGUUUCAGUGGCUGCUGUUUGGGUGGUCCCCUUAAACACUUGAAAGAGGCAGAGGUUUGGAGGCGGGAGGGAGGCCCUGGUAGGGCAAGUCGGAGGGUACCAAAGGGUUGGCAUGCUGAUAUGAGAAAGGAUGGUGUUUUAAUUUGCCAGUCACAUUACGGCUCCGGGUGUCUGUCUCGUGUUAAAGGGAAGGGUUUAGGCCUCAGAGUCGUCUUUGAGAAUAGACGUGGGGUAGCAACUAUUGAGUCCUGAGAGGAUAGGGUUGGGGUUUGUGCAGAUGGGCUGUGCACGUCUUCCUGAGCCCCUGGAGGUGGGGAGGCACCAACAGGGUGUUUUGGUAUCCGUCUGUGCAAACAACCAGGCCAGGCUUCUGGUAAAGUUGGCCUGAGGUAAAGUAGAAAAGUGAAGAAGUGGGCUUCGUAGGAAAUCAUUGGGGCUGGUGGCUGUUAGGGUGAUCUGAAGCACUUUGUGAGCCUGGGAAAACGGGCUAUGAUGUUAAGUGUGUGGGGAGUGCAAACAGUGUCUUGGGAUCAGGCCUAAGGCAGAGAAAGGGGUUGGAUGGAGUCCGUGUUCCUGGCACCAAACAGAAUUGGCUGGAUAUUUGAGAGGCCAGGUUUGCCAGUGCUGGAAUGCAGCUUACAGGUUGGUUAACACCUCACAGGUUCCUGAAGGGUAAGAAACCGGAAUGACAAGCCAUUAUUAGAGUUCAGAUUUUUGAAUCCUGGGCUCCAUUUGUUAAGAGCUUGAGACCAUGUUAUGAGGCACUGGACAAGUUUAGUAACUUCUGUGCCUUAGUUAUCCCCCGUGGAAUGGGGAUAAUAACACCUAUCUCACGGGGUUGUUCUGGGGAUGAAAUAAGAUAAUAUAAAGUGCUUAGCGUAAUGCCUGGGUUAUGGUGAGAGAUUUAUGUGAAUGCUGUGGCUGGGAACUAGUCUCACGUUCUCAAGUUUUUCUGCAAGUUUUGAUGGCGUCCCAUUUCUCUCUUCCUGGCUCUUCUGGUCUUCAGGCAGCAGUCCAAAUUCCCUCAUUCCUCCCUUCUAGCCCUCUCCCAGGAUCCAGGCCCCAGACUGGGCCACUUGCUCUGUCCCAGUUUGAUUUUUUCAUCCUAGGUCCCUUCUCCUCCCUGUCCGCGCCUCACUCCCUCUCCCCUCGCCCGCUGCCAUAAUAACAAGAGAUUCAGGCUCUGAGGGGGCUUCUGGAAGGGAGCAAAGGUGCGUGUUCUCUCCCAGAGACUGGACCUCCAACUUCUCCGCCCUGGGUGUUUGGUACCAGGCCAGCAGAUGUGUACAGUUUGGGAGAGAGGAAAAGCCAGAGCUGCAGGAACAAGCUGAGGAGCGGGCAGAUGGGAGUCCUGAAAAGAGAGCCAGGCGUGGUGGCGGGGAGGUGUGGGGAGGGGGCCCCCUUCCUCCUAAUCCUCUCUCCAGGAAUCCCUGGCUUUGGGACAGGACGGCUGUCGUUUGGUUGGGGGAGGCGCCCAGGCUGGGUGCAUGUCCUGGGCCACCAGCCAAGAGAACAUGAUGUUCCCAAGUGCGCUGGCCGCCGCCCUCUCGGGCUGGCCGCCUCCCAAACCGCUGCCUCUCCAGUCCCUCCAGCCUCCCUGCCCCACAUUCCCCGGCAGCUUCGCCCCGCCCCCUUCUUCCGCUUUGACGUCACCGCUGUCUCCCGCCCCCUCGCCUCCAUUGACGGCAGCAGGGCCUGGUUACUGUGGGGACGGUGAAGCAGGACAACAAGAGUCUUGGGAGCAAGCGGGGGCUGCUGGAGGGCUGGAGCCUUUUGUCUAUGCAAAAGACAGGGAGAUGGAGGCGGGAGACCAAGGACUGCCUGGGUUCGGGGAGAUCACAUCUAAAUCCCUGAAGGGGGAGAAAAACCAUGUUUCCAGGGAAGAGGUGUCUGCAAAUGAGACAAGGCCAAGGCCACAGUAUGAGUUGGGGUGGGGAGGAUCAUUUUCAGGGAGAGGAGACUGAGAAUCCAGGCUCCUGAAUCUUUUUUUUUUUUUUUUUAAUAGAGACGGGGGUUUCUCCAUGUUGGUCAGGCUGGUCUCGAACUCCGGACCUCAGGUGAUCCGCCCGCCUCGGCCUCCCAAAGUGCUGGGAUUACAGGCGUGAGCCACCGCGCCCGGCCUCCAGGCUCCUGAAUCUUUUUUUUGUUUUCCUGUUUCGAUUUUUCUGGGUUAAUUUAUAACACACUCUUGUCCCAGCUUUUCCACAGAGCCCUCCCCUUCACCCUUCCCUCAUUGUUCAGGAAAGCUUGGGCCACGUGACAGUGAGGGGAGUGCCCCCACAAUGAUUAUGUCAGCAGCUGCUUGGAGUCCUGUUCAUCUACAACCCACGUUUCCAGGGAGCCCUGCGAGGAACUACUCAUCACGGUCCUGGAUGGAGGGGGCUGUGUAACUGCAGCUCUCCUGAGCCCAGACUAACAUUUUAUUGCCUGCAAAUCGUGCCCCUGUUCUCUUUCUAGGCUACUACCCUCUUUUAGAGAAUCAGAAUUCCCAGCCCCCUUUCUCCUGUUGACACUCUUUUCCCACCUCCCCAACCUAUCCUUGUUUAAAAAAAAAAAAAAUCAUGUUUAUCGAUCACUUGCCAAGUGUCAGGUCCUGUCCUGGGCUCUGGAGACUGCAGUGAAGGAGACAGAUGACGUUUCGUCUGGGCCCCUGGAGUUUGGCUUUCUUUUCCAAGCAGUGGAAAUAUGAGGCCCUUGCCACCCCACCUUUCUCUGUCUAGGGCCCCAGCUGGCUUCUUCUCUGUGCCAUCCCCUUUGGUCCCUCUGUAGUCCUGGCUUCCUGGCCCCCACUUUUGGGGCAGCCCUAACUGUGGGUGGCUGCGUACUCUGGAGGGAAGUACUAGACACCACGUAGGCUGCCGGGAGACCUUGUCUCUGAGUGGCCGUAGAAGCACCUGCCAUUGUUUCCCUUCACAGCCACUAUUGGCUCUGGUCGCCCCUUCCAUUGUCCGCAUCCUUCCUCCACCCACUCACCCACCAAUCACACGUGGACCCUUAACUGUCCUCUCCCAGGAUUUGAAGUGUCAGAGGAAGUGCUUCGGUUAAAGGGCUUCAUUAUGUAGAACGAAGGUUGGGAGGGAACAAGGUUGGUACAGGAACCCAGGAGAGGCCCAGGCAGGUUUGUGUCUCUCCCCUCCUCUCAAGGACCACCCAUCUUAUCCAGCGUGGCCUAACUUGCAGCGCCAUUCCUUUUCCUCACCCUUGGAAAGGCGAAGAUGCCAAGAUGAUGUGUUCUGCAAGGCUAGUGCGUUCAGGAAGUAGACAAGUCUUGAGCACCUAUUCUGGCCGGGGUUUUUUCCCUAAAGAGGCGCAGCGUACCUCCCUCUCUCCUCCCUUCCAUUAUUCACUGUGCAAGCGUCCCGCGCCCAUUGGCUGGGCGGUGUCUGGGGCUCUUCAGCCCAGCACCAGCACCCAGGUCCACGUGCGCUCGUGUGUGUGACACAGCCCUGACCUCAGUGGAGGCCACUAGCCAAUCAGGCGCCGGGAAGAGAUCCCCAGCCAAUCGGGGGCGGGGCCUGCGGCUCCGUCGGCAAGAGGCCAAUGAGGGGGCAGUGCCCGGCAUUAUGCAACCCGCCUCCCCGCCCGGUGGAGCUUCCACUCGGCUGCAGGCUGGAGCGGCGGCGGGCAGGCGGGCGGAGGACGCUCCUGCGACCAGGUACUGGCUGUGAUCGAACUUCUCAACCCUCAGAGACUUAGAUCUUCCAUCUCACUCCCUCAGCCAGGCCUCCAGGCCCCCUUGUGCAUCCGUGGUGGCCUCUCCGCCUUCUCUGUUCUGUUCUCCCCAUGGCCCAGACAUGAGUGGCCCCCUAGAAGGGGCUGAUGGGGGAGGGGACCCCAGGCCUGGGGAAUCAUUUUGUCCUGGGGGCGUCCCAUCCCCUGGGCCCCCACAGCACCGGCCUUGCCCAGGCCCCAGCCUGGCCGAUGACACCGAUGCCAACAGCAAUGGUUCAAGCGGCAAUGAGUCCAACGGGCAUGAGUCUAGAGGCGCAUCUCAGCGGAGCUCACACAGCUCCUCCUCGGGCAACGGCAAGGACUCAGCCCUUCUGGAGACCACUGAGAGCAGCAAGAGCACAAACUCUCAGAGCCCAUCCCCACCCAGCAGUUCCAUUGCCUACAGCCUCCUGAGUGCCAGCUCAGAGCAGGACAACCCAUCCACCAGUGGCUGCAGCAGUGAACAGUCAGCCCGGGCGAGGACCCAGAAGGAACUCAUGACAGCACUUCGAGAGCUCAAGCUUCGACUGCCGCCAGAGCGCCGGGGCAAGGGCCGCUCUGGGACCCUGGCCACGCUGCAGUACGCACUGGCCUGUGUCAAGCAGGUGCAGGCCAACCAGGAAUACUACCAGCAGUGGAGCCUGGAGGAGGGCGAGCCUUGCUCCAUGGACAUGUCCACCUAUACCCUGGAGGAGCUGGAGCACAUCACGUCUGAGUACACGCUUCGGAACCAGGAUACCUUCUCAGUGGCUGUCUCCUUCCUGACGGGCCGAAUCGUCUACAUUUCGGAGCAGGCAGCUGUCCUGCUGCGUUGCAAGCGGGACGUGUUCCGGGGUACCCGCUUCUCUGAGCUCCUGGCUCCCCAGGAUGUGGGAGUCUUCUAUGGUUCCACUGCUCCAUCUCGUCUGCCCACCUGGGGCACAGGGGCCUCAGCAGGUUCAGGCCUCAGGGACUUUACCCAGGAGAAGUCCGUCUUCUGCCGUAUCAGAGGAGGUCCUGACCGGGAUCCAGGGCCUCGGUACCAGCCAUUCCGCCUAACCCCGUAUGUGACCAAGAUCCGGGUCUCAGAUGGGGCCCCUGCACAGCCGUGCUGCCUGCUGAUUGCAGAGCGCAUCCAUUCGGGUUACGAAGCUCCCCGGAUACCCCCCGACAAGAGGAUUUUCACUACACGGCACACACCCAGCUGCCUCUUCCAGGAUGUGGAUGAAAGGGCUGCCCCCCUGCUGGGCUACCUGCCCCAGGACCUCCUGGGAGCCCCAGUGCUCCUGUUCCUGCAUCCUGAGGACCGACCCCUCAUGCUGGCUAUCCACAAGAAAAUCCUGCAGUUGGCGGGCCAGCCCUUUGACCACUCCCCUAUCCGCUUCUGUGCCCGCAACGGGGAGUAUGUCACCAUGGACACCAGCUGGGCUGGCUUUGUGCACCCGUGGAGCCGCAAGGUAGCCUUCGUGUUGGGCCGCCACAAAGUACGCACGGCCCCCUUGAAUGAGGACGUAUUCACUCCCCCGGCCCCCAGCCCAGUUCCAUCCCUGGACACUGAUAUCCAGGAGCUGUCAGAGCAGAUCCACCGGCUGCUGCUGCAGCCCGUGCACAGCCCCAGCCCCACAGGACUCUGUGGAGUCGGCCCCGUGACAUCCCCAGGCCCUCUCCACAGCCCUGGGUCCUCCAGUGAUAGCAACGGGGGUGAUGCAGAGGGGCCUGGGCCUCCUGCGCCAGUGACUUUCCAGCAGAUCUGUAAGGAUGUGCAUCUGGUGAAGCACCAGGGCCAGCAGCUUUUUAUUGAGUCUCGGGCCCGGCCUCAGCCCCGGCCCCGCCUCCCUGCUACAGGCACGUUCAAGGCCAAGGUCCUUCCCUGCCAAUCCCCAGACCCAGAGCUGGAGACGGGUUCUGCUCCCAUCCAGGCCCCACUAGCCUUGGCCCCUGAGGAGGCUGAGAGGAAAGAAGCCUCUAGCUGCUCCUACCAACAGAUCAACUGCCUGGACAGCAUCCUCAGGUACCUGGAGAGCUGCAACCUCCCCAGCACCACUAAGCGUAAAUGUGCCUCCUCCUCCUCCUGUACCACCUCCUCAGCCUCUGACGAUGACAAGCAGAGGACAGGUCCAGUUUCUGUGGGGACCAAGAAAGACAUCAUCAUGAUGGAGGACCCGCCUGGCCUAGCCCCAGGCCCAGCCCCUAGCCCCACAGUAGCCCCUGACCCAGCCCCAGAUGCCUACCGUCCAGUGGGGCUGACCAAGGCCGUGCUGUCCCUGCACACACAGAAGGAAGAGCAAGCCUUCCUCAGCCGCUUCCGAGACCUGGGCAGGCUGCGUGGACUCGACAGCUCUUCCACAGCUCCCUCAGCCCUUGGCGAGCGAGGCUGCCACCACGGCCCCGCACCCCCAAGCCGCCGACACCACUGCCGAUCCAAAGCCAAGCGCUCACGCCACCACCAGAACCCUCGGGCUGAAGCGCCCUGCUAUGUCUCACACCCCUCACCCGUGCCACCCUCCACCCCCUGGCCCACCCCACCAGCCACUACCCCCUUCCCAGCGGUUGUCCAGCCCUACCCUCUCCCAGUGUUCUCUCCUCGAGGAGGCCCCCAGCCUCUUCCCCCUGCUCCCACAUCUGUGCCCCCGGCUGCUUUCCCUGCCCCUUUGGUGACCCCAAUGGUGGCCUUGGUGCUCCCUAACUAUCUGUUCCCAACCCCAUCCAGCUAUCCUUAUGGGGCACUCCAGACCCCUGCUGAAGGGCCUCCCACUCCUGCCUCGCACUCCCCUUCUCCAUCCUUGCCCGCCCUCCCCCCCAGCCCUCCUCACCGCCCGGACUCUCCACUGUUCAACUCGAGAUGCAGCUCUCCACUCCAGCUCAAUCUGCUGCAGCUCGAGGAGCUCCCCCGUGCUGAGGGGGCUGCAGUUGCAGGGGGCCCUGGGAGCAGUGCCGGGCCCCCACCUCCCAGUGAGGAAGCUGCUGAGCCAGAGGCCAGACUGGUGGAGGUCACUGAGUCCUCCAAUCAGGACGCACUUUCCGGCUCCAGUGACCUGCUGGAACUUCUGCUGCAAGAGGACUCGCGCUCCGGCACAGGCUCUGCAGCCUCGGGCUCCUUGGGCUCUGGCUUGGGCUCUGGGUCUGGUUCAGGCUCCCAGGAGGGGGGCAGCACCUCAGCCAGCAUCACUCGCAGCAGCCAGAGCAGCCACACAAGCAAAUACUUUGGCAGCAUCGACUCUUCUGAGGCUGAGGCUGGGGCUGCUCGGGGCGGGGCUGAGCCCGGGGACCAGGUGAUUAAGUACGUGCUCCAGGAUCCCAUUUGGCUGCUCAUGGCCAAUGCUGACCAGCGCGUCAUGAUGACCUACCAGGUACCCUCCAGGGACAUGACCUCUGUGCUGAAGCAGGAUCGGGAGCGGCUCCGAGCCAUGCAGAAGCAGCAGCCUCGGUUUUCUGAGGACCAGCGGCGGGAACUGGGCGCUGUGCACUCCUGGGUCCGGAAGGGCCAACUGCCUCGGGCUCUUGAUGUGAUGGCCUGUGUGGACUGUGGGAGCAGCACCCAAGAUCCUGCUCACCCUGAUGACCCACUCUUCUCAGAGCUGGAUGGACUGGGGCUGGAGCCCAUGGAAGAGGGUGGAGGCGAGCAGGGCAGCAGCGGUGGCGGCAGUGGUGAGGGUGAGGGCUGCGCGGAGGCCCAAGGCGGGGCCAAGGCUUCAGGUUCUCCGGACUUGGCCAUGGAGGAGGAGGAAGACAGGAGCUCAUCCUGUCCAGCCUUAUCUACAGCAGGAAACUGCGCCAGCUAGACUCUGUUCUGGGCCAUCUCCAGGAGUCCACGCGAGGCUUUCUUCUCCUAUGUCCCAAUUCUCAGAACUCAGAUGUGGCUAGACCAACCAGUGGGAACUGCCCCAGCUUCUCCCAGCAUAGGGGGCCGGACCCCCAUCACCAGCCUAGGAUCCAGGGGCUGCCUCUGGCCUCUUAGGGAGCAGAGAGCAGAACUCCACAGCCCAGCCCAGAGGAGCGUCACCUCCCACCUUUGGAGAGGAAUCCUUCCCUCCCCUGGACAAAGUUGCUGACAAGCUGCUGAAGUGGCCUCUCCAUAUUCCAGCUGAGCCUGAAUCCGACUCCUGAGGGUUGGGGCUACACUUAUUUAUUGGGGGAGACAGCUCGCUCUCCCACCUCCUCCCCAGACGGGAGGAGAGCCUGAGGCCCAAGCAGGACCCGGGGGUUCCAGCCCCUAGCUGCUCUCGGGUGGGGGAGGUUGGUGGACCGUGGAGUCCCUGGUGCUGCCCCUCAGGUGGGACCCAGGCCUUCUCAGCUGUACCCUCUGCCAAUGGCAUUUGUGUUUUUGAUAUUUGUGUCUGUUACCACUUUUUUAAUACAAAAAGAUAAAAUCG